AUGAAGUUCUGGGAGUCUCACGCAGGCCAUGGUCUCAUGAAGGAUGACGAGGUUGUCUUAAACUCCCAGAAUGGUGUUGCCAUUUACGAGGGGGAGAAUCAAACACGUUGGCAGGACGGCAAACUGACGGUUACCACGCACCACAUCUUUUUUCGUACAUUGGACGGGGAAACACAUGUCCUACGGCUUCCACUGCAAACCGUUUACAACUCUGGUAAGAGCAUCUAUAGCAAGGCACGCUUUGCCUUUUCGCACGCUAAGAUCAUAGUUCCGCUUCCAGGUCAAGACGACGUGUAUGUGAAAUUUUCCUUUCGACGUGGAGGCAUGGAGGAAUUCUUCGAGGCUCUGCAGAGGGCAUUGCACGAAAAACACUGGAUUCCAACUGUGCCACGUGCUACAGCUACAGCACCCUCGCCUCCAUCGAAGAGGGCACCGUUACUCUCGUCAACAGAGACGCCAGCCCCGGGGUCAACCUCGGCUGCAAAGGGGAUGCCAGCAGCAGCGAUGACACCGGCGAAUGUAGUAACGAGUGGGUUGUACAGAGAGGGUACUGUGGAGGGGGACGAAGGCAACAUCAUUUCAUCAACGCCUCUACUUAGUGUCACUGAUAAGGCUGGUAUUGCGGGUCUUAUGCGGGCCUUUGCGGAGAAGGUUCGACCGUGUGAGUCGCUGCGCGACAUCGAUGAUGUGAUGACAAAGGCCUCUUCUUUGGUGGCAAAUAUACGAUAUCUUCGGGAAAAGCAAAGAGCAGGUGAAAAGACUGCCAGUGAAGACGAAACAGAAAUUGAAGGUAUUGAGGCAACGCUUGGCCUCGGGGCGAUGGUGCAAGCGUCGUCCAGCGGUUCCUCUCACGGUCGAUUUCACCAAGAGCUUGCGCUGGAGUUGCAUGCAUGGAUGACGCAUGCAAAGAACGAACGUGUUUUUGGAAGUAUGCCGCUGGUCCCGCUUAUAGAACUUUUUUCACUGUAUAAUAAAGCUCGGGGUGGGAGUAAUUUGGUUUCGCCAGGUGACGUCUUACAGGCCUGCCGUGCUAUGACUAAGCAACAAUACUCACGCUAUACAUUUAAGCAACUUUCCUCAGGGCGGCUUGCGCUACAGCACAAGGAUCCCUCGUUGGUGUUGAAGAAACUAGUGCAUGCUCUGGGGCCGCGUUACUGUAACCGCAACGACUCUUCUUUUAAAAAUAUAGGCUCCGAGGAUACAGUUCCAACAACGACUGUUUUUCCGAAGUCAUGGACUUCAUUAAACUUCAUCAAUGAAGUUCAAUUUGCGGCGAGUAUUCAGGUGGCUCGCUCAGUGGCAGAGGAUUUGCUAGAGGAGUUGGAGGCAGAGGGAUUUCUAUGCCGAUCCGGAGUUGAAAUGGGAAAUAUUGUAUUUCACUGGAAUAUCUUUGUUUUUUGA